AAAAAAAAAAAAAAAAAAUUUCAAAAAAAAAAAAUUCUUUUCCCCUUUUCUUUUUGAUUCUAAUUAAAACCUUUUUACUUUUUUUUUUCUUUGAACAAAUGUCAGAAUCAAAAGAUGAAGAAGAUAAUAAUAAUAAAUCUAACAAAUUAGAUACAAAAGAUAAUGAAGAUUUUAAGAAUUCACCGGUAUCUGCAUCAACGGUAACGCCACCACCAACGGUGUUAAAAAAAUCAUCAUCAACACCGUCUUCUGAUAAUUUCACAACAAGAGGUCAAAUUUCUCCUACGCCAACACCAUAUUACACAGGCGAGUAUUAUACAGGUAAUAAUGAUUAUAAAAUGACGCCUCAUAUGAGAAUAGAUGACGAUCGAAGAAUUCCUAUUGUGGAUAUUAGUGAUGAUGAAAAAGAUGACCGUGAAGUAAAAAUGAAGAAUGGAAAAAGAUUUGGUCCUUUAAUAAUAUGGGAAAUAAAUGCUUGGUGUAAUUUUGUUAUGUUAUUUGGAUGUGGGACUUUAUUAUUCUUUUAUUUUAAGAGUUCAAUACAAAGUGAUUAUGUACAAUUUGCAAAAAUAGUCAUAAUAAUAUUUCUUAUAAUAGAAUUAAUGUUAAGAAGGAAUCUUAUUUGAUAUUUAGUAACAAAUGGAUAGAAUUAUCACAAAUAAUUAGAUUAGCAGAUAUAGCGGAUAAUACAUGUUUUAUAAUUCCAACAUUAU